GCGGAAUAUCUUCCCUUGCCCUACGAAGGGGCCCGCCCACAACAUGAAGCUGCAGCGGCAAUUUGCACUGCUCAAAAUUGGUCGAUGCUGGUCCCGCCCCUCCUUACCUCCCGCUUACACAUUCAUCAACGCGAAGGGCUUAACAGAGCAGUGCGGAACGGGUACCGGGUGGUGUGCUAUUAUUAACAGCUCAUACCUCCAUGCUCCACCCCCUUUGACUGCUCGUUGCACUCCAGAGACAUUGCUUCGCGCUCGCAACUUUGCCCAAGUACAAGCAGAUCUGGACAAAGCAUGUUCACCUUGCGAAGCGCCAACAUGCAGGCAGUACGGUCCUCUUUGCGUCUGAUUGCAUCUUUGCUGCUCGCGUCUGCGACUUCUGUCACCGCUCAGAACAACGCAGGCACCGUCAGCCUUUCGCCAGCAGCAAAUGUUCAAUCCGCCAACGGCCUCUCGGUCGUGCUGUCGCCCUCCUUUGCCGGCAUGGGAAUCGAGCCGUCCAAUCUGCUCUCUUUCACCGGAUCCGGUUCAGUCAACCAGCUAACGUACCAGCUGUUGUCCAACCUCGCCAAUUAUUCUGGCGUGCCGCCGCAUCUGCGUAUCGGGGGAAACUCCGGUGACAACAUGAUUUACGGCCCGAAUGAGUCUGGGAUAGGCCUCAUCACCAACUCCAACCCUCACGGGCAGGGCAACACACCGACAGAUAAAUUCAUCAUCGGUCCUGGCUUCUUCAACUCGUUGGACCUCAUGCCGCCAAAUACGCCCAUCACCUAUGGACUCAACCUCGCAUACAACGGCUCAGAUGCUGUAGACCGGCUCGUAGAGCAAGCAGAGGCUGCAUUUACCUUGCUUCAGAAUGUCAAAAUCGUCAGCCUCGAGAUUGGAAACGAGCCAGACCUAUACCUUAUCAAUGGCUACCGCGAUUCGGGCUGGACAGUCAACAACUUUGGCUCCGAAUGGUCGACUCGUGCUCAGGCUGUCAACAACCAGGUGCUGAAGAAGCGCAACUUGCCCACCAAUUUCUUUGAGCCCGCCGUGACGGCCACGACGGCCACCUCAUCAGGGCAUGCGUACCGUAUCAGCAACCUGGUCAACACAGGAGUUGCCGUCGAUAAUGGAAUUUACGUCGCCGGGUGGAACCAGCACGAUUACUUUUAUUACGUCGGCGUCAGCACGUACGAAUUAAGCUCGGGAUACCUCCUCGACCUCUCCAACACGUACAAACAGUUCGGCGAGUGGGCCAACCAGGCGCAGUCAGCGGCCGUUACGGGAAAGCCGUACUACCUGAGGGAGAUGGGCGCCGUUGGUCCGACAGGGAUUCAGGGCAUCAGCGAUACAUUUGCUAAUACGCUUUGGACUCUCAACUUUUUCCUGUAUGCUGCCACCAUUAAAGUUUCGUCGGUGCAGAUGCACAUGACGGACAACUCGUAUGGCUCGCCUUGGCAACCAGGCAAUGCCAAUGGCGUCGGUCCCCACGUCCGUUCGUCGUACUAUGCCUUUGCGGCAAUGUCGCAGAUCGUGGGUGCGCAGUGCAAUACUCGCAUCGGAACUCUCAUGAUUGGUAACGUUCCAGGCGCAUACAACAGCCAUCUCGCUGCCUACUCGGUCUACAGAGGAAAUGAUCUCGCUUCCACCGUGCUGAUCAAUACGCAAGAGUCUCAGAGCUACGUCUACCCCAAGAACAGCAUUUCGUUCAGCGUUUCGCUACCAAAAAUGGCUGGGCAGACUGCCUAUUUGUCUUAUCUCACCGCUCAGGGCUCGGACUCGAAGCAGAAUACCACCUGGAACAAUCUGUCCUUCGAACAGUCCAACACCGGUGCACCUACGACCGUCAACGAUGGUAACACGGCCACUGUGCAGGUCGGGUCAGAUGGCACGCUCAUCAUCCCUGUACGUGACUCGCAAGCCGUUGUCGCCGCCUUUGGCGCACCGAUCGGGUCGAACAACCAGGUUGACCAGAACAACUGCAAGUCGCUCUCAGCCAAUACAUCCGAGGGAGGCGAGACCAGCCCAGACGCCACCAGCGCACCACUACCAACAUUCAAGGCAGUCACCGGCUUCCCGUCGGAUGGGCAGCUCAGCACCGCCGCCAUCCUCGGCAUCGCAGUUAGCGUGUUCUCCGUCAUCUUUUUCUUCGGUCUUGCCAUCUUCCUAUGCGUUUGCUUGCGCCGCCGACGCAGGCAGCGAGCAUACAUGCAAAAGCGCCUGUACAGCUCGACUGACAUGAUCACCACGGACACCCGCAGGCGCUCAAGCGCCAGAAUCAUGUCGGAGCGACCCGGCUCCGCAUUCGUUGCAGCUCGCAUUAUUCACGAGGGCGAACAGUCCGGCAAUACGUUAGUCUACUCGCAGGAGCAGCACGGUCAUGGGCGUUAUGAUUCUACUGGUUUGCCAGAUCUGCACAGAUACCCGGGCGGCGGCGACGGCGGCACAUGGACACCGCCAGACGCGCGGUACAUACAUGUGCGAACAGGCAGCGAAGACGCGACGCCAAGCUCAUCGAAGACGUGGUACAAGAACGAUGUCGCAGGUGGCGUUUCCAAACAGAGAUCUUCCGACUGGCACCGACAGUCCAUGAGCUGAAGGCUCCUUCGCUUUCUCGCAUCUCUUGUAACUUCGUAUCUUCUACGCAAACCAAUCAUUCACGCUGCAAUUGUACACAAGAUAGCUCUACAGUCAACUAAGUGCCGCUUAAAC